GAUAAUCUUGAAGAUAAAGGAUACACUGCUAGUGAAAUAAAAGAAAAAAUUUCACAAUAUCGAGAAAUAUUAAUGGACAAUGGAUCAAAACCUCCUCCAGUACCAACAGAUGAAUUUGGACGUGUAAUGUCGGUAUCGAUCGUACUAACAAAUAAAAAAAAAAGUAAAUCGCUUACCGACUCCCCUGGGACUGACCUGGGUAUGAUAAUAAAUCUAGGCUGGUGA